AAUUCUUCCCCUUUCAGUUCCGCCUUCUUCCUUUCUUUCUUUUGCUCCAAUUUCCAACGUCACUUCUCUCUCUCUCUCUCUCUCUCUCUUUCUCUGUGUCUUUUGUUUAUUCUACUGAUCCAACAUAUCCCACUCGAACAGGAAGACGAAGAAGAAGAUAAAACGGUCUUUUACUCUCUUCUUAACAACCUAACAUGGGAAGAUCUCCAGCUUCUUCUUGUCUCCGUAUCAUCGCUUGCGCCGGCGCUGAUGAUGCCGCCGAUCCUAACGCCUCCUCCGCCGAGAACAAGAGUUCUGGUGACAAGCGUGGAUGGAGUUUCAGGAAGAAAUCUGGGAAACAGCGAGGCUUGGUCACUAGUGUUGUCUCUGAAACUACUCCUGCUACUAGGACUAGAGAAACUCUUGAAUCUGCUCUCCUUAAAUCUCCAUCUCCUGACAACAACAUUGUUUCUGAAAAGCAGCAGCCGUAUUCUGUUGAUGAGAAGAAGAGUAGUCAAAUACCUGUUGUUGCCUAUGUGACUGAACCUGUUGAUGAGAAAAAGAACCAGUCUGCUGAGAACAAAACGGUGGAGGAACAGUUUGACCACAAAACUGAUCUGCCUGUUCUUGUGGAAUCUAAAGGGACUGAAACUGAGGAUGAUGAUUUGAUUGGAACUGAGUUGCAAGAACCAAAUGCUGCUGAUGCAUCCACGAUAGAGAAAGACAUUACUCCCGAGGUUGAAAACGCUAGUAAGGUUGAACCGAAAGAAUCUGAAACCGAGGAUGUGAUCAUAAUCAGAAAAGAAAGUGAUGAAGAAGUGGACGACAAGUUUGGUGAGUCUGUUAUCGUGAUCAUACAAGCUGCUAUUCGUGGAUUUUUGGUGCGAAGAGAACUUUUGAGGCGCAAGAACGUUAUUAAACUUCAAGCUGCAGUUCGCGGCCACCUGGUUAGGAACCAGGCCAUGGGAUCACUGCGCUGUGUCCAAGCUAUUGUCAAGAUGCAAACAAUGGUUCGUGUGCGUCAUUCCACAAAAGAUGGUAGCCGUGUUUCAGCAAUCUCGGAUAAAGUGGAAGCAAAUGCAGCUGCACAAAAGCUUCUUGAAAACAAGUUUGCCAAGCAUCUAAUGGAGUCAACUCCCAAGACAAAAUCAAUCAGCAUUAAAUGUGAUCCAACAAAACCUAGUUCUGCUUGGAACUGGUUGGAGAGGUGGAUGUCUGUGCCAAAUCCUGAGAAGACUUCAAAAGCAGAUUUGACAACGGAAGAGCAACAGGCCGAAGAGACACAGAAUGUGAAAGUGUCACCUCAAGUUUACUCUGUGAACUCUGACUCAACGGUAGAGAGCAAAAUUCAAAAUGAUUUGUCAAGCUAUGAAGUAGAUAUGCUAACAGCUCAGCAUGUGAAGCUAUCUGAGACAGAGAAAAUGAGCCAAUAUGAUUCACCAGAAGCAUCAGCAGAGGUCUAUCAUGACUCAGUCCAGUCUCUUCCACCUGCUGCUAAGGAACCAGAUUCUUUGCUCGAAGAGCCUGAAUAUGAGGAUGGACAGCCUAAACAUUCUCUGAAGCGUAAGGCUAGUAAUCCUUCUUUCAUUGCCGCACAGUCAAAGUUUGAGGAAUUAACUUCAUCUACUGGUUCAAACAAAGCAAUGUCUUCGAAGGAUGGUGUGUUGGGUGAAGAAGGAAAAACAGAUAUUGAUUCACCAGACACUACAAACAUUAAAAAGGACCACUCUCUGGAAGAUGUUGCUCAGGCUGAGCUCAGUGGAUCUGAGUGUGGCACCGAACUCUCUGUCACUUCUUCUCUUGACACACUUGAGAAAAAGUCUGAGGCUGAGGGUACAGAGUCCAAGGUAGAAGCAAAGCUUUUAGAGGAGGAAACUGAUGUUAAAACAGACCAAACAGAGUUGAUAGAAAUUGAUGUUAAAGACGAAACAUCAUUGGGUACUGUAGAGGACCCUAAGGAGAACUUUGAGAAUGCCAAGGACGAAGUUGAAAAAAUUUCAGAGACACAGCGUGAAUCGGUAAUUAGUACACCAGAUUCCAAAAAGAGACGGGCUGAAGAAUCAGGACCUCAAGCUUACCCGUUAUCUGAGGGAGCUGAAACUCCCAUGACAAUCACAGAGUCUCAGGCAACACCGGCAAGCCAAGCAUCUUCUUCAGUCAAAGCAAGAAAGGGAAAAUCUGAAAAGAGUGGUUCGAGCCAAAAGAGGAAAGUUAGCAAGAAAAUAACAUCGAGCCCUAAACAGGAAACUGGCACCGGUGAGGCUACAGAACAAGAAGAAGGGAAGGAACAUAAAAGCGGGAGAAGAAAUUCUUUCGGGUUUGAUCAAGAAGCAAGGGAAAGCAGUGGAGGCAAGAACUCUCUUCCUCGGUUCAUGCAGCCAACGCAGUCGGCGAAAGCCAAGGUUCAAGAACACAACUCACCAAGAUCAAGCCCUGAUCUUCAAGAAAGAGAUGUAGUGUCAGUCAAGAAGAGACAUUCAUUGCCUGGUGUUACCAAUGGGAAACAAGGUUCUUCUCCUAGAAUCCAACGGUCUGCCUCUCAAGCACAACAGGGAACAAAGGAUAGAAAAUGGCAGAGGUGAAAGCUGCUGACCUGAGUGCGACAGAAAUCUGAAAAGACAAAAAUCUUAGGAGACAUUGGGUAAUUUGAUUAAUGAUAUGGUUUUUUUCAGACAAUCCUUUAACUCUUAGUUUCAGACAACUAAAGUGACAAAAGCGCAGAAGAAGAACGGAGUGUGGAGGAUAGUCUCUUGUUUCUUUUGUCAUUGGAGGAUAGUCUCUUGUACAGAGUCGUUUUUCCUUUUUUUUUUAAAAAAAAAUUGUUUGAUUUUUGUGGCUAAGGAAUUGAUUUGGUUUGGUUUGGUAUUGGUUUUUUCGGACAUAACCUCCUCAACUGAAAGUGAAUCUUGUCGUUAACAAUGGAUUUUAUAUUGACUUCACUUUUCUUUUUAAGUCAUGUAAUAAUAUCUUGGUUAUUGUUAUA